AUGACGAAUGGACCUGGUCCAACUCCUCCAUUAACACCACCACGUCAAGAUCGUUGUAUUACCACUAAAAGACGCAAAAGAAAUAAUUCAUCGUCAUCUUUGUCUUCCAACUCGUCGUCCUCCUCCUCAUCUGCAUUACCUUCACCAUUAUUGAUGAAAAAUUCUAAUGGAAACAUGAUCAAUUUAUUGAAUAACAAUGACGAUUAUAACAGAGCAAUCGAUGAUAAUGGUGAUGCAUCAACUUUACAAGAUCUUCCAAUGUUUCGUCUUAAAGCGAAUUCGACUGCUGAUCAACAAAAACAGACAAAUGCAACGAUUGCUACUGUUAAUGAUGAAAGAAAAUCUUCUUUAUCAUACUCUGAUGAUGCACUAUGUGAAAUCUCCAAUAAUCAUAGCAAUAAUAAUACUUCUUUAUUAACAAGCAAACGUAAAUAUCCAUGUUCUUUUCCAAAUUGUGGAAAAAGUUUCACCACAAGGUGA